AUGGUUGCUUCCGAGCUGUCGCAGGCGGCGCGCGCUGAGAAGGCCGACCCCCAGUCGUCGCAGCGGGCAGCCCAGCAUAAUGAACAGGUGCCGGCGCCGCCUUUGGUGAACCGCGUCGGCCAGAGCAAGAGCCCCUACGUGCGGAGCCACGCCGAGGGCCGCGUCGCCUGGCAGCUGCUCGACGACGAGGCCAUCGAGAGGGCCAGGAAGGAGAACAAGCUGAUCUUCCUGCACAUCGGCUUCAAAGCCUGCCACUAUUCCCGACUUACAUCCACCGAGUGCUUCACCCACCGAGAAUGCGCCACCAUCCUGAACGAGUCGUUCAUCCCCGUCAUCGUCGACCGCGAGGAACGUCCGGAGCUCGACACCAUCUACAUGAACUACGUGCAGGCCGUCAGCGGAUCCGGCGGCUGGCCUUUGAACCUCUUCCUGACCCCCGACCUCGAACCCGUCUUCGGCGGCACAUACUACCCGGCCCCGGGCCCGAACAGCGGCGGCUCUGACGACGAGGAGCGUCUGGACUUCCUGGCCAUUCUGCGCAAGCUGCAGAAGGUCUGGAGGGAGCAGGAGGGCCGGUGCAGGCAGGAGGCCAGGGAGGUUGUGGUUAAGCUCCACGACUUCGCAGCCGAGGGCACUCUCGGGACCGCCACGGUCCAGCCAGGCGUCGCUGGCUCCCAGAUCUCGGCGAUUGGCAGAUCCGAGACGGGGCUGGAGCUUCCCGGGACCGGCAGGACGGCCGCCGCGGUGUCGAGCGAGCUCGACCUGGACCAGUUGGAGGAGGCCUACACGCACAUCGCCGGGACCUUCGACCCCGUCUACGGCGGAUUCGGCCUGGCUCCCAAGUUCCCGACCCCGCCGAAGCUGUCUUUCCUCCUGCGGCUGCCGCGCUAUCUCGCGCCGGUCCAAGAUGUGGUGGGCGAGACGGAAUGCGCGCACGCCACCGAGAUGGCGCUCUUCACACUGCGCAAGAUCCGGGACAGCAGCCUGCGCGACCACGUCGGAGGCUGCGGAUUCGCGCGAUACUCCGUUACGGCGGACUGGAGCGUCCCUCGCUUCGAGAAGCUCAUCGCACACAACGCGCUGCUUCUGGGUCUCUACCUGGACGCAUGGCUGAUUGCUACCGGCGGCGAGAAGGACGCAGAGUUCUUCGACGUCGUGGUGGAGCUGGUCGACUACCUCACCAGUGCCCCGAUCAGCCUACCCGAGGGCGGUUACGUCUCGAGCGAGGCCGCGGACUCGUACUACCGGCGCGGCGACAGGCACAUGCGAGAGGGCGCCUACAACCUGUGGACACGGAGGGAGUUCGACACGGUGAUCGGGGACGACCAUGAGGCCGCGCUGGCUGCAUCGUACUGGAACGUUCUCGAGCACGGCAACGUUGAGCCCGACCAGGACCCCAAUGACGAGUUCAUGAACGAGAACAUCCUACGCGUCGUCAAGGACGUGUCGGAGAUUGGGCGGCAGGCCGGCAUCUCGGUGGACGAAGUCAAGCGGGUGGUGUCGUCAGCCAAGCAGAAGCUCAAGGCGCACAGGGAGAAGGAGCGCGUGCGGCCCGAGGUCGACACCAAGCUGAUCGUGGGACGCAAUGGUCUGGUGAUAUCCGCCCUCGCGAGAGCCGGGCUGGCCUUGGCGACCGUCGAUGCGACGAGGAGCCAGGCGGCCAUUGCGUCCGCGAGCAGGGCAGCCGAGUUCAUCAGGACCAAUCUCUGGGAUCAGACGGACAGGAUCUUGUACAGGAUAUGGAACGACGGCCGCGGCGACACCAAGGGCCUGGCGGAAGACUACGCUUACCUCAUCGAGGGACUCAUUAGUCUCUACGAGGCGACCGCGGAUGAGAAAUGGAUAGGAUUCGCCGAUGAGCUUCAGAAGGCCCAAAUCGACAUCUUUUACGACAGCCCCUCGGCCGCCGAACCCGCCGCGUCCCGGUCCAACUGCGGCGCUUUUUACACGACGGCCGAGACGGCGCCGCACACCAUCCUCCGCCUCAAGGACGGCAUGGACACGGCGCUCCCCUCGACCAACGCCGUCUCUGUUUCGAACCUGUUCCGCCUCGGCGUCUUGCUCAGCGACGAGACGUACACGGCCGUCGCGCGCGAGUCCAUCAACGCCUUCGAGGCCGAGAUCCUGCAAUAUCCCUGGCUGUUCCCGGGCUUGCUGUCGGGCGUGGUCACGGCCCGCCUGGGCGGCGUGACAUGGGUCAUUGUCCGCGACGGCGGUGGCGGCGACGACGCGCUGACGCAGAGGCUGCUGCGCAAGCUGAGCCUCGAGGCGAGGGGCGGGCUGAGGAACGUUAUCCUUCUCAAGAGCGGCGGGGACGACCUGCUGGCGAGGCGAAGUCCCGUGCUGAGCGAGCUGGCGCGGACGCCCGGCACGUAUUGCCUCGAGAACGGCGUUUACCGCCCCAUUACGGAUGCGGAUGCGGCGUGA